AUGGAGACAAUGGAUACACUCGAGCAACAUCACGAUGAGCAGCAGCAGACGGAGGUAGACACAAGCGAGCGAGCUGGGGAGACUGUGACGGAUACAACAGUUGAAGAGGCCACGUCUGUUACGACAGUUGGAGAGCAUCAAGUAUCCGAGAGUUUUGGCGCUGCUGAGGUCCCGACAGUUGGAGAGACUACGUCAGUUACGACAGUUGAAGAGACUGUGACGGAUACAACAGUUGGAGAGACCACGUCGGUUACGACAGUUGGGGAGCAUCAAGUAUCCGAGGGGUUUGUCGCUACAGACGAUAGUGUCCGGAUCAGUGCCGCGACUGUCGAGUCGAUCACCGAGACCAUUGCAGCGAGUGGAAGUGCCAAUGUGGACGUCGACGACUCAGUGGCUGCUACGCUCACAAGUUCUGUGGAUAGGGAGAGUCUGGAGACGGACAAUCGAGUUGAGGAAGAGAGUGGUGCAGCCAAGAGCAGCGCCGAAGCAGAUGCGAUGGAUGAGGGUACAGGAACCGAGGGGGACAAAGAUGCUGAGCGAGGGAUUCAGGCAGGGAGAGAUUGGGAACAAGGGGGUACUGAGCUUACGACAACGAUAAUGACGACGACGGUGAUGACUGGACUGCUAGUUGGGGUGGAUGAAGAUUCGAAAGUGGCUGUGGAGGACGAAUGUGCUGAAAACGGGGCGGCUACGGAAUUGGAAGCUGGUGCGACUGAUAGUGCAGGGGCUGUUAGUGGUGAUGCUGAUGACACGACUUUGAACGAGAACAAGAGAGAGACUUGCCAACGAGUGCUGAAGACGUCUCAAGACGCAUCGUCUGAGCUUAGCGACGAUUCUGUGCUUUCGAGUCAAUCUUGUGAUGCGAUGUCUGCAGCUGCUGAGACAAGCGUCGGGGAGCCGAUGCAGGGCGCUGGGGCUUCGAAAAUGACGUCGCCAAGAAGAUUGUCAUCCAUGAUAUCGCGCGAAGAUGAUGAAGUUACACAUACGGAGGCCCAACGUACUGACCCAGCGGCAGAACUGGAGCUCAAUUUGUCGUCACCGGUCGAAAGUAUCGUGCACGAAUUUGAAGCCCAUGAACCAGCGUCGCCGCAGACUCAUCGCACUCUGUCGGCCACACGAUUGGAUGCCAGUGGAUCCUCGCCAGUAAAAAAUGUGGUGCACCGCCUUGAAGCGCAUCAUGAAGAGGAUAACGCCUUGGAAAGUUUGAAGAUCCGAACGAAACGCGACUUCUUCUCGGAGAAGGGACGAAGCAUUUCUGUCAGCCAUGAAGCAGAGAAAUAUAAUUCUCAGAUGGCGCAGCGUGCAAAAGAAGAAGUCGAAUCGAAGGAACAACCAAAUUCACCUGCUAUGAAGCAAAGUCCAGUAUCCAGAAGGAGCUCUGCGAUGUCCAGCGUGCGGAACAUGGCCAGUCGCUUUGAGAAAAAGGCAGACCAAUCGUUGGAUAAACUUUCCUUUCGCACGGUGCGUAGCUUUUUCCCCACCGAAAAAAGCAUUCAUGUCGGUGUGGAGAAGCAGAAAUACGAAGCACUAGAAAAGGAAAUGCAAACGGCUAAGAUAGCCGAAGAAAAGGGUGCAAAGCGGAUGGCGACCAAUGAAACUCAAAAGCCUCGACAACAUAUUCUGGCCGAUUCAAGAGAGCUUACCGUGGAAGAGCAUCUUGCUGCGGAGACCGCUGGGCAGGGGAAACCAGCAAUGGGUGACAUGCCUGGUACAUCGACUGAACCCAACGAGACAGCUGUUGUUAAGGCUAGUUCUACUUCAGAAGCACAUCCUCGUCGUCGCACGAUUACUGCAGCUGAAAGUUCGGAUGUCCGAAGUAUAGCGCAUCGCUUUGAGACGAAGCGUGCAAACUCAGUCGUCACAGCUCCCGUGCGGACCAUUGACACUUUUAUUGUCGCAGAUAGCGAGGCGAGUGUUCGUGUAUCCGCAGAGAAGGCAAGGUAUGAAAAUCAAGUCAAAUCGUCAGCCCCCACGAAGCGAACCAUUGACACUUUUAUCGUCCCCAAAAGCGAAACAAGCGUUCGCGUAUCCGCGGAGAAGGCGAAGCUUGAGACGCUAGAAAAACCGGUCAAGGCCAUCAAGCGGACAAUCGACGCUUUUAUUGUGCCUGAGAGCGAAACAAGCGUCUGUGUGUCUGCUGAGAAGGCAAAGUACGAGAUGCCGGACAAGCAGGCCAAAGCGACUGUACGAACCAUUGACAACUUUAUCGUGCCCGAGAACGAAGCGAGCAUUCGUGUGUCCGCAGAAAAGGCUAAGUUUGAGACCCCGGACAAGCUUGCCAAGGGGGCAUCUGUCCGGACCAUUGACACUUACAUCGUGCCAGAAAGCGAUGCAAGCGUUCAUGUGUCUGCUGAGAAGGCGAAGUUUGAGUCACUGGAACAGCGAAUGCAAGCUGCUGUUCCUGCUGUUCGGACUAUCGAUACCUUCAUCGUACCGGAGAGCGAGGUAAGCAUUCGUGUAGCGACUGAAAAGGCAAAACUGGAGGCGAUUGAAAAGCAAAAGAAGAGCGAACUUGAGACACAAGCGGUGAUUGAGAAACAGAAACUAUCGAGAGUAACGUCGUGGGCAAUGGGGAGAGCUGAAUCGAAGAAGGUCUGCCAGUCGGCCGGAGAGACCGAGGCUGUCGAUGGCGUUACGGUGGUCGACCAGACGAAAGCAAUUGGGGUGGCCGAAGGGAUGGGAGCUGUUUCAGAAGCUGAGGAGAGUAAGGAGAUUGAGGUGAAUGAACAGACUAAGGAGUUCGAAGAGGCUGUUGAUGUCAACGAGAACGAGGGCACCAAGGAGACAGUGUCCAAGGAUCCUAAGCUAGAUUCGGGAGCGGAGGCAACCAGGGUGGCGGAGGUGACUUCACCGAUUGAGGUGGUCCCGGAGACUGAGAUGAGUGUACAAGCGGACUCCGACGACGUGAAGGAUGGUAAGGAAUUUGGUGUUGCCAAAGAGACCGAAGUGGCCGUUGCCGAGAAAAUCAGCGACAUUGAAUUGGUCAAGGAAAGUGGUGCUGAAUCGGAGGUCAAUGUAGCAGAGGAUGUGGCGAGUGAUUCCGUAGUGGCGGGGAUGGACGAACGGGUAGAAGUGGAUUUGGAGAUCGAGGAUACGGAAGAGAUUGGGGAGGCGAAUAUAGGUGGUACAAGGACGGACGUCGGGGAGGCAAUUACUGAGGAGUCCGAGGGAGUCACAAAAAUGGAAAAGAAGGCGAUCGAGGAGAGUGAUUUGUUAGAAAUGGCAACAAAAAUGGAGGAAACAGACGACACUGACGCGAACAUGGAGCCGUAUGUGUUUGUGGAGUCGGGGUCGACAAAGGUCGCCGAAAACAUGGAAGCGGCUGAUGUCACUCUGGAAACUGAGGUCAAGGGGACUGAAUUCACUGAAGAGGCCAAGGAGACUGAGGUGACCGAGAGCGCGGAGGAUAGGGAGGAAGCUGCGGUGGUCGAUGCUGCUUUGAUCAGUGAGGGCGACGAGACGUUGGUUGUCGAAAGAUCAGAAACUGUGACGGAAACACCAGAGACAUCGGAAGCGUGUGAAACCGUGAAGGAUGUCGAGAAAGAGACGACGGUCAGCAGCGUGCAGGAAGUUGAGGUGGGUCCCGCCUCCACCGGGGACGCCACAGUGACAGCUGAAGUAGAGGAAGCACCGCACGUGACCGAGGAGGCUAGUCGUGUUGAUGUAGGAAAGGAGGCCCGAGAAAUGGCGACAAUAAAGAGAGCAGAGGACUCUGAAGUAGUGGCGAUGAUCGAGGCGGACGAGACCACAGAGGAGGAAAUUGCUGUUCAAGAGGCGGCGAUGAAGGAUGUACAGCAAGUGCUGUCCACCCAAGACUCAGCCGUAGAAUUUAUUGUGGAGCGACAGACGUUCGGUGACACGGUCUCAACAGCUCAGCACGCGCACUGGUUGUCGAUGCCGGUGAGUGCCAAUCCCGCUCUAGCUCGUCUUCAUUCCGUGCUGAGUGACCACGAUCCGCUGACGGCCUAUGCGCUGUAUCCAAGCAGUUCGUCAUCGUCCUCUGGAUCGGAUGAAGAUGAGGAGCUGUCGUUGCCUCGUGUCCCAGCGUCGAAGCCGUUUGCGGCAACAUGA